AGUCCAGCGACUGACAUGCCACACAAACAGUAACAUGCUCCAAAACCAAGAGAAGCCGCGUUGUCAGCUCCAGGUGAAACGUGUCACUGUGGGGAUCCUCCUCAUCAGUGUAACUCUGCUCUAUUCUCUCUCAACAAUACAGAUCAACUCCAGUUCACCAGAGUUUCCAGUGCCUCACUCCUGUGCUCCCCACCCAGGCCAGCUCAGCCCCGAGCCAUCUGCAAACAGCACACAGCAAGACAAUAACAUCUGUGCUCCUAAAGUAGAUAUCAUGUUUAUGAAGACCCAUAAAACUGGCAGCAGCACCUUCCUCAACAUCCUGUUCCGCUUUGGAGAGAAGCACAGACUCAAAUUUGCCUUUCCCACCAGCCGUAACGACUUCUUCUACCCCUCCUCUUUUCAGCGCACAUACGUUCAAGGCUACAAAUCUGGAAUGUGUUUUAACAUCAUGUGUAACCACAUGCGAUUCAGCGGCACCGAGGUGGCCAAAGUGCUGCCAAAAGAUACUUUCUACAUGACAAUAUUGCGAGAUCCAGCAGAGCUCUUUGAGUCAUCCUUUCAUUACUUUGGCCAUGUUGUUCCUCUGACCUGGAGGAUACCAGGGGAGGAUACGAUGGCUGAGUUCCUGCGUGAUCCUCAACAGUACUUCAGCCCAAAUGGGAUUAACUCCUUCUACCUUAAGAACCUGCUGUUCUUUGACUUUGGGCAGGACCACACUCUGGAUCCAGACGACCCACGUGUAGAGAGGAGCAUCAAGGUCAUAGCUGAGCGUUUCCAGUUAGUCAUGCUAAUGGAGCACUUUGAGGAAUCACUCAUCCUGCUUAAGGACACUCUCUGCUGGGAGAUGGAUGACCUCCUCUUCUUCAAGCUCAACUCCCGAAGUGAGUCCACUGUAUCUAAACUAACUCCUGAACUCAGGGCGAAGGCGUUGCAGUGGAACGGCGCUGACUGGAAGCUUUACAAACACUUUAACCUGACCUUUUGGAAGAAGGUGGAGGAUUACGGAAGAAAGCGCAUGGAGGAGGACGUGGCAGAACUCAGGAGGAGGAACGCAGAGAUGGUGCAGAUCUGCAUUGAGGGAGGUCACUCCGUCGAGCCAGGAAGUAUUCACGAGGCGUCCAUGCAGCCGUGGCAGCCCAUCGGAGAGAAAACGAUCGUAGGAUACAAUUUGAAGACAAAUGUAGACAAACAAUAUCAGGAGUUGUGCCGAAAGAUGUUAACCCCAGAAAUACAAUAUCUGACAGACUUGGGGGUUAACCUGUGGCUCACGAAGCUGUGGGGACAUGUGAGGGACAUCAUUAACUGGUGAUGACAUACAUGAGACUCAGCAGCUGAAUA